UUACUUAUCUUUCGUUUAGACUGGCUGAGACCAUAGUAGGUCCAUCUCGCCCACUCUUCGUUUCAGUGUCAUGAUGUGAGGUUGUAAACAAUUGGAUCGAUUCACUUAGGACUUAGCAGCAAACGGAAAUUUUUAGAGAGAAGCUCUGUAAGGUAUAUCAACUGAUUUCACGUCACUUCGAAUUCGAGUGGUUGUUCAUAGACGUGUUUCUAAGGAAUAGGAAAUAUAAAUCGAAUCACAUAUCAACAUGUCAAUGAAAGACAAUAUUAAAAUUCUCAACAACAAUGAGACAUCUACAAUUGUACCUCCGUUUAUACCUGUAAAUGACCUUAACAGAAACGACCAAGCUCGUAAAACUAAGCAUUGUUGUGAUACUUUAACAAAGCUACAACAGGUGAUAGUUGAGGGUAACAUUAGUAAAUUUAAAAAAUUAACAAAAAUCGUAGAUGACAUAAAAAUUUCACAAACUUUUGACAACUCAGACGAUGGUUUAAGCAUUCGUAUGAAAAGCGUGAAUCUUAUCAUUUUGGCAACCAAACACAAACAACAGGCGAUUUUAGAGCACAUUUUGAACCAUAAAAAUAAUAUAUUAGAUAAACUAGAUAUAUGUUUGGGUAGGAACCCAGUACAGCCUAAGGAUAGGGACGAAGAAUGCCACAAUGCAUUUUACUAUGCUAUUCGUUCAAAUGAUACCGGUCUGCUCGAAACGCUCAUUGAUAAAUGGCCAGAAGACUAUUUCGCCAAGAACUCCGAAAAAUUAGACGAGAUUCUUUCCGAGUCGUAUGAAGAGUUAAAACUUAAGAAUUAUCAACUGUCUGAUAAAAUGCAAUGGUUUGUCGAGGAUAAAUUGUUGAACCUGCGUUUUUAUUCCAAUACGCCUCACGAUAGCGUUGAUUCUUGUAACUAUAUAAACAAAAUAAGAGAACGAAUAAUGUUAACUGUGCAGAAUAUUUCUUUAUUGAAACAAGAUUACUUUUACAACCAGUUAGAUGAAAGAUUUGUAUACAUUGCAACAUCUGUUGCAAAAAAUCUUCAUGUGUUGAAGCGACAGUUAAAAUCAACGUACGCUAGUCUACCCUGGGAAGAAAUUGAAUUCUGUUUGAUCGGAUUCUUAACAGUACGUAAAAAGCACAGGAAAUUAAUUUAUUCUAUAAUUCAAUUCUGAGUAAAAAUAAACUGUUGAGCUAUUUAGAAUUGUUCAGCCUGGAACUGGAGCGUGAAAGUGAUCGUCUAUCUGGAAGAGACAUGAGGCAACUUGUUGAACUUCCGAAAUCAAAGAGGGAAGUGAUUUCUGCAGAGAUUAUAAGCAAGUGUCCUCAAUUUGAAAUGUUAUAUAAAGAUCACAACGAAAUCAGGGAUAUUCAUUCACUCACUAAAAUAAGUGACCAUAUAAAAUUAGCGAUGUCAGUCAAUGCAACAGAGAAAGGAGGAAAAUUGAUUAUGACUAGAGUUCUGCAAGUAGUGGGUGAGUUCAUGAAAAAUACAUUGGAGUCUCCAAAACUUUCGGAUACAACGAGUGAAUUACUACUGCUACAAUUACCAAAAAAUACACGAGCAAUAAUCACAGGUUUAAGAAAUUCCUUAUCACAUGCCCAUUCACUUCACAAGCGCAUGAAUAUUGAGGCAAAUCGGGACAGCUGUUUUUUCAUUGGCGUGCAAAACGAUUUAAAAAAAAUAAAUGAUGCCAUAACUGAUAUUUUAUACAAAAACAAAAUUAAAAUUGUUAGAUGUCUCCUAGAAAAAAUAGUUCAAAGUGAAAAUUUCAAGGAACUAGACGAAAUUGCAGAAAUAUCUAAAAUGAUUGAUUUCACUUCGAUAAUUACUACUAUGUGUAUUGAUGUAAAUGAACAAAGCAAUUUAGAUACCAUAGUUAAGCGACUAAGUGAAUGCAUUAUCGAUAAGACCGACGAAGAAAACAAAUCAUUUGACAAGUUAAAUAAAAUAUUCAGUUCCGCAAGAAAAGCUACUGGCAAUAUACAGCAGAAUUAUGUUGAGGCAUUUGUUCUGUUGCAGAGUAUAACUCAAUUGAAUUCUGUAACUGAUAGUAAUAGUAUGAGACAAAAAAAGUUUGUUGCCGCCAAAAUAUUGCAGAAAAUAAGUACGAAGAUUGAUAAAGUAGACAUAAAAUAUGUGCUGCAUACAAUAACAAAUAUUGCUGUGAAUGUUGUAUGUAGGUAUGAGAGAGAUUCUAAAACAGUCGAUAUUCUUAGAAAAUUAAUGUUAGAAGUGUAUCAUGUAACUCAAUGUGACACUUAUGAUAUACAAUUUAUUGAGGAAUUAGGUUCAAUGCUACGUAAAGGAAGUUCAAUUUUGUCUUCUUCAAUACAAUCUUCAUCAACCAAAAGAAAAUAUGAUUACCACCUAUCCCUAAUGCUAUUUGAAUUAGAAAUUUUUCUAAAGAGAAACGCUUUAGACGGCUCAUUAUCAGAAAUUUCUUUCUAUAAAAAGGAUAAAAAGUUGCAAGCAGUACUAGAAAUGAUACUACUAGAUAUUAUUUCGAUGCUGGAUAAACAUUUAGAGAAUAAUCUUCUAUUUAUAGAUGAAUGUACUCCAAUACUUACAGGAAAAUGUUUGCGGAAUCAUUUAGCUCAUGAUAAUACAUUAGGCGAGAUACUGUUAUCAGAUCCAUCUGCAUCAAUCGUAUCAAGCGCCAGAAAACUUUUGAAAUAUAAUUGUAUAAAAGUAAAAGAAAAACUUGGGAAGGCUAUUAUUGAUGAUCCAAUCAAAACCAGGUACAAUUUCGAAAAUGGUCUUAAAAUAGUUUCUAUCCAGGAAAAUUUUUUUUUUGCAAUGGCAGAUGGUGAUCUAGUUACGGCUAAAGAUUAUAUAAAGCAAGGGGCAGAUGUAUAUGCUAGAGAUGCUAAACAAUGGACCGCUCUUCAUUAUGCCUCCAAAGCAGCUAAUAGAGAUGUUGUGAGUUUUAUUAUCAACCAAGGUUUAAAUGCAAGCCAAGAGGACAUGUACGGACAAAAUCCUUUGCAUAUUGCAGCUGAACAUGGAAGAACCAGUAAUGUGAGAUGUUUACUAAAAAAUAGUAAUCAUUACAUAGACAAAAAAAAUAAUUACGGAAAAACUGCGGUUCACUUAGCAGCAGCGAAUGGUCGAACCGAUACUGUAGAGCUUUUAUUGAAAUAUAAAGCAAACCCAUUUCUACAUGACAACUAUGGAGCGACACCUUUAUACUUUGCAAUUAUGAGCAAUCACAUCGAUGUUGUCAAACUUUUUCUCCCUAAGAAUUCACCAGCGAAUAUCAUUGUAACCAAGGGAGGAUAUAGUGCACUACACGCAGCAGCAGAGCUCGGGCAUUUAGAACUGGUUAAAAUUCUUCUAGAAAGUAAAUCAGAUGUUAACGCUACAAACGACAAGAAUUGGAUGCCCUUACAUGCAGCAUCACUGAACGGACAUACGGAAGUAGUAAAAAUGUUGAUACAACAUGGCGCUGAUGUCAAUUGUAAAAUACUAGAUGGCUGUACACCAUUGCAUUACGCGGUGGAAACCGGUCGACUUGAAAUAACAAAACAGCUUCUAGAACAUGGCGCUUAUGUCGAUCCGAAGGACAAAACAUUUAACAAUACGCCGUUGCACUAUGCUGCUAAGGAUGGGUACAAGAGCAUUGUUGAUGUUUUACUAACAAACCGAGCUGACGUAAAUGCAGUCACUGUGGACGGUACAACACCACUACACUUGGCUGCUACACAAGGAAAAUUAGAAAUCAUUUCUACUCUUCUCACUCACGGAGCUCAUGUUCAUGCCAAAAAUUUAUCCGGUGAUACGCCAUUACACAGUUCUAUGAAGUAUGGCCAGGAAGGUACUGCCAAGCUGUUGAUAAACAGGGGAGCUGCUGUAGACGACGAAUCCUUUUUAAAUCGAACACCAUUACAUCAUGCGUCCAUGGCAGGUCAUGUACAUUGUGCAGAACUUCUAUUAAAAAACAAAGCAAAUGUAAAUGUAUAUGAUACUUCAGGUAAUAGCCCAUUGCAUUAUGGUUCGAUUGAUGGGAACAUAAAUAUUAUUGAACUUCUAAUAGAAAAUGGAGCGAAUAUAAAUUCUAAAAAUAGUUCAGGUAUGACUCCAUUGCAUCUAGCAUCGUUUAGUGGCCAUUUGAAAGCUUGUUCUUUUCUUAUAAAACAUAAUGCUGACGUUAAUAUUAUAUCCUCUUUGGGUGCUACUCCACUACAUUCAGCUAUUAUGGGCGGACGGAAAGAUGUCGUUAAUCUACUAAUAGCAAAUAAAGCUCUAGUAGAUAUCACAGGUGUUAAAGGUCAUACACCGCUUUACGUAGCUGUACUGCACAACCAUAAAGACAUUGUUGAGGUUUUAUUAGAAAAUAAGGCCAAUAUCCACGCAAUCACAGAUAAUUUCUCCGUCCUAGAAGGUGCUAUAAAGAAUAAUAAUUUAGAAAUGGUUCGUACUUUGGUAGACAAUCAUGUUGAUGUCGAUGCACAAAACGGAAAAGCAUUUAAAAUGGCUGUAUUGUGUGGAUAUAAAAAUAUUGUAAAACUCCUCAUAAGCAAAGCUAGUAUGCACGUUAGAGAUGAAGAGAAUAACACUCUGUUACACUUGGCUGCUACACGGGGACAUCUAGAAAUCACUCAAAUACUUAUUACAGCUGGAAUUUCGGUUGAUGCAUUAGGCAUAGGAGAUAAAACACCUUUACAUAUGGCAGCAGUACAUGGUCACGCCAACAUUGCAGAAAUUUUAAUUGCAAAUGGGGCAAAUGUUAACAUAGUUUGCAGUGAAGGCACUCCUCUUCACAUAGCUGCAGCUUGUGGUAAUGAUAAUGUUGUUGAAGUCCUUUUGAAAAAUGAUGCGAAUACUAGAGUUAAAGACUGGAAGAAAAGGUCAUGUUUAGAACUGGCAGUAGCAAAUGGACAUUUACAAAUAGUAAAAACAUUGAUGCAAGACAACGAAAUGGACUUGAACGCCAAAGGUAAUGAUGGUUGGACGAUUUUGCAUAUUGCCGCACAGACAAACAGCAUAGAGAUGGUAGAAUAUAUAACGCACGAAGGCUCUGACAUUCAUGCAACAAACGAUUCUGGCUCCAAACCUAUACACAUUGCUGCUAGAGAGGGUUUCAAAGCCGCUACUGAUUUUUUUCUUAGCAAAGGAUUGAGUGUAAAUGAACGAGGUGCAUCGAAUCAAACUUUAUUGCAUUAUGCUGCCAUGAAAGGUCAUUCGGAAGUGGUCAUAUUUUUAAUCCUCCGUGGUGCUGAAAUUAACGCCAAGGAUAUUAGUCUCAAUACACCUCUCCAUAUUGCUACGAACAAUAGUUGUAGUGACAUUGUAAAACUUUUACUGCAACAUGGUGCCUAUUUCAACGGUAAAAACAUACUCGGUAAAAAGCCUUUAGAAAUUACAGAAGAUGAAACGGUUAUUAAAACACUCACAGCUGUUGAAGAAAUGUUUAUUGCAGUUAGAGCUAACAAACCGAUUGAUGUGCAGCACUGCAUCAAGAAAGGAGCAGUUGUCGAUAGUAAAAAUUCAGAAGGUGGAACGUCUUUGCAUUAUGCCUCAUGGAAAGGCUACGAAAAUGUAGUGACGGUAUUGCUUGAAAACGGGGCCAACCCCAAUAUGGUAAACGAACAGAAAAUAACUCCUCUACACUAUGCUGUAAAAUUUUCACACCUAGCCAUUGUUGAAGCACUUUUAUGUGCUGGUGCCCACUACGACGCCAUCUCCGAAUGUGGCGAAACACCUGCGAGUUGUGCAACUGAAAAAACUAUUAUAAACCUUUUCAAGGUUUUGAGCAAAUCAUUUUCUAUGGUUAAGUCGAGAAACAUACGACUUAUUAAUGAUCUCAAUCGUUUAAAAGACUUGAAUAUGAUAAAACUUGUAAUGAGUACUCGUGACAGGAACAACAAUACACUGAUGUUGGUGGCAGUGAAUAACAAUUACCCAAAAAUCGAGCAGUUAAAGCAAAUUGGUCAAACUGAACAACAAGAAAUAAUAGCCACAAUUGGGAAAGGUGAAAUUCUUAUGGGUAAAGGCGAUUACAAAUCGGCGAACGUUGUUUUUCAACAAGCUUUCGAGAAGAGACGAGAAUUAUUUGGUUCAAUUUAUCCAGGCACUCUAAAUAUUCAAACGCACAUCGCAAAAUCACUGUAUGCACAAGGAGCAUAUCGUGAAGCCCUAGUCAUACUACAAGAUGUGUACGAUAAGUAUAAGACGGUGUUAGGGCCUAAUGAUAAAGAUACUUUGAACACGCAAGAUUUUAUUGCAUUGAUCCUUCAUAGGCAAGGCAAAAAUGAAGAGGCUAUUCUCAUUUAUCGAGAUGUUGUUGGGAAGCUAACAGAGCUGUUCGGAGCAUUUCAUUCAGAGACCUUAGAUUCAAAAUUUCAUAUGGCACUUGUACUAACCGAACUGGAACAGUGCAAAGAAGCAUUGACUAUAAACAGAGAAGUAUACGCCAUACGUAAAGAAAAAUUAGGUGCUCAGCAUUGUAAUACCAUACGAGCUCAGAACAAUAUAGCUUUGGUGUUGGCCAAACAAGGAGAAGAAGAUGAAGCCUUGAAUAUAUAUAACGAAGUUUUAGCAAAGAAAAGAAUAGUUUUUGGAGUGUAUCAUGUGGAUACACUAAGAACUAUGAAUAGUAUCUCAUCCAUUUUUCUUUUACAACACCAAUACGAUAAAGCUUUGGAAAAGUUCCAAGAGAUAGCCAAUUAUCAAAAAACAUGGCUAGGGCCAGAUCAUCCUGAAACUCUAAUGACUCAACACAACAUAGCCAAUGUUCUAUAUCAACAAGGAAACUGGAUAAGUGCAUUGAAAACAUAUUCGAAAAUCUUUUGUAAAGCUAAAGCAGUUUUUGGACCCAAUCAUGAAACUGUAUGUGAUAUAAUGAAAAUGAUGAAAAUAAUUAAUAAGAUACUGCAAACGCAAGGAUAUACAAAUUUAACAGAAAUCCACAUGCAUUUACAGAACGAAAUCAGUAUUGCUGCUGCGAAUGGAGAUAUAAAAACAGUACAGCGCAUGAUAAACGAAGGUGAUGAUACGAAUGGGAAGGAUUUAGAAGGUAGAACACCAUUACAUUAUGCCGUUAACAGUGGAUUGAUAGAGAUUGUUAAACUUUUACUAAGCAAAGGAGCAGAUGUAACACAAGCCACUAAUAAAGGGAAUACCCCACUACACACUGCUGCUUCAAAGGGUAAUGCAGCUAUAGUAGAAGAACUACUGCAGCAGAUGGAACAACACGGAAUAAACGAUUUCAUCAAUUCUAAAACAACUGCUACUGGUACGACUUCGCUGCAUAUUGCAGCUAAAAAUGGUUAUCUGGAUGUUACGAAGAUUCUAUUGAAACGAGGUGCUGCUUAUAAUCCCACCAACAAUGAUAAUAAAACUCCUCUUGAAAUAUCAGGAAAUCGUUAUAUCACUUACUUGCUAGAAUUGAUAGCCGAAGCAUUCGCCGCAGCUAAAAACGGUAAUAUUAAAAUAAUCAAUAAGCUACAGACAAGCAAGGUAGAUUUUACUUCAAUAACAAAUGCACGCAAUGAGCACGGGCACACAGUUUUACAAGUCGCUAUAGUCAAUAAGCAGAAACAUAUGAUUAGCGAACUGUUGCAACUACAAAAGCAAUGUAGUUAAUGAAAUGUACAGUAUAGUGUUCUACAAUAGCUUAUAUUUUUUUAUUUUAUUCAUAAAAAAUAUCUUAUAAAUUCAGGGAAAUUUUCAGGAAUAAUAUUGCCAUAUAAAUCAAAAUUCCUUUAUAUUCAGAAA